GCAACGUCACAUUUGAGCUCCACAAUGGCUGAGGAUACAGUUUUGGAUAAGGGGUCAUCAUUUAUGGAUCCAUUUAAAGGGCUGCUGUUGACAUAUUUUAUGCCAGAAUCAUGCUAUGAUGAAUUCUUUCUCAAUUUCAACUUUUUAGACGUACCAUGUCUGAAGAUUGUGCUGAGCAAAGGCCUGGGGAUUGGCAUCAUUCUGGGAGCAGCACUGGUGAAGCUGCCUCAGAUCUUAAAGGUGGUGGGAGCAAAGAGCGCUGAGGGGCUGAGCUUCCAGACUGUGAUACUAGAGCUGCUGGCCAUCACAGGAACAAUGGCCUACAGUAUUGCCAACAAGUUUCCCUUCAGUUCCUGGGGUGAGGCUCUGUUCCUCAUGCUGCAAACUGUCACCAUCGGCUUCCUCAUGCAGCACUAUCGAGGGAAAACCAGCACAGGUGUCCUGUUUGUGGUUGUGUUCGUUGGCCUACUGGUUCUUCUACUGUCUCCAGUCACUCCCAUGUCAGUGGUUACCACAAUGCAGGCCUCUAACAUGCCAGCCAUCAUCAUUGGCAGGCUAAUCCAGGCAGGCACAAACUUCCGUAACGGACACACUGGUCAGCUGUCUGCGGUCUCUGUCUUCCUGCUGUUUGCUGGAUCUCUCGCUCGCAUCUUCACCACACUACAGGAAACUGGAGACACACUGAUGGCCCUCACCUAUGUCAUAUCUUCGGUCUGUAAUGGCAUCAUCGCUCUGCAGGUCCUCUACUACUGGAACAGCUCCUCAGAACGCAAGAAGAAGAAGAAGAAGAAGAAGGACUAGGCAAAAGGGCAUUUGCUAAAUCUCUGUCAUAAACCAACACUGUUCUUUCCAUAUUAAACUUUAUACACACAA